AUGCCCGAUAAGUGGACGGAGAGGGAGGAACGAUAUUAUCUUGACCUCAUGAAAGACGGCCGCCGCCGCGGCCGUCAUGGAGAGAGAUUCAAGCCCGAAUUCUGGAAGGAGUGUGUUGUGAAAAUGAAGCAUCUCUUUCCUCACACCACCGCGGCGCGAUUGAACUCCAAGCGAACUGACUGGCGGCGGAAGUGGACUCGUUUCAUGAAACUAUAUCAAAAGACAGGCUUCGCAUAUAAUGAGGCAACAGGAUGGUUUGACGCCGAGGAAGAGAAUUGGAAUAAUCUGAAAGAUAGACCGUUAGCCGACUAUUACUACUUCAAGGAUAACCGAAUGAUAUAUAAGCAAGACCUUGAGAUCAUCUUUGGCAAGUCAACUGCCACCGGAGCCUUUGCACCCAGUCGUUUCGUUCAAGAUAACCAUGAAAGUGAUGAAGAGGAGAAGGAAGAGCAUGAUAUAACUCAAGAGGAGAUCGAUUCCGCGGAGCCUGUUGAAUGGCCAGACUCACCUGUUCCUGCGAUCAACACCCAACUGUUAGAGAGUCCUUUAACGGAGGAGAGCAACUUUCUCUCACAGAUUGAGGGCACUCAAUGCUUCUCGACAUUCAAAAAAACAGACCAACUCACUAGAAAAAGAGCGACUCGUUCACCAUCGUCCACCUCACUGUCCUCAACAAAUAUGGAACCUCCGGAAAAGAAGAGAAGGCCGAGAGACUCAGUUGCGGAGUUGGUUGAUAUUCUCCGUGAACGUCUAGCAAACGAACAAGAGGCGAAGAUGCAAGAGAGUUCUUCUUCGAGGCAACAAGCCGUCAAAUUUCUCCUUGAGAAUAUCGCUCUAGAGGAGGAGCAAAUGAUUGUCGCUGUGAAUGUUGUUGAUAGACGAUCAGAGAUAUUCCUUGAGUUAGGCAAGACUAGUCAAGAUCUUCAACGAGCAUGGUUAUUGCGUGAGAUAGCAAAGGAGGCGUAG